GGCGCAGCGCGGCGUUCGCGGUUGCUGCCUGGGAGGGAGGCCGGGCAGGCGGCGGAGCGGCGCGGCUCUCAACCUGACGGGGAAGUGGCCCGGGCGGCUGCGGCUGACUGCCCCGGGACGGGCGGACGGUCCGACGACGGAGGCGGGGGCUAGGAGCCGAGCCCGGCAGCCUAGAGAGCGAGCGGGUCAGGCUCAGCGGCGGCCACCCUGUCGGUCCGCUGAAUGAAGUGCCCGCCCCGCUGAGCCCCGAGUCCGGCGCUUUCCCCGCAAGAUGGACGGUUUUGCCGGCAGUCUCGAUGAUAGUAUUUCUGCUGCAAGUACAUCUGAUGUUCAAGAUCGCCUCUCAGCUCUUGAGUUACGAGUUCAGCAACAAGAAGAUGAAAUCACUGUGCUAAAGGCAGCUUUGGCUGAUGUUUUGAGGCGUCUUGCAAUCUCUGAAGAUCAUGUAGCCUCAGUGAAAAAAUCAGUUCCAAGUAAAGGCCCUCCAGGCCUUCGAGAAGCUAUUUCUAUGUCCUGUAUUACCAACGGGAGCGGUGCAAACAGAAAGCCAAGCCACACCAGCUCUGUCGCAAUUGCAAGAAAAGAAACUCUUUCAUCUGCUGCUAAAAGUGGUACAGAAAAAAAGAAAGAAAAACCACAAGGACAGAGAGAAAAAAAAGAGGAAUCUCAUUCUAAUGAUCAAAGUCCACAAAUUCGAGCAUCACCUUCUCCCCAGCCCUCUUCACAGCCUCUCCAAAUACACAGACAAAAUCAAGAAAGCAAGAAUUCUACUCCCACCAAAAGCAUAAAACGACCACCUACAGUUGAAAAGUCACAUAAUUCAUGGGAAAAUUCAGAUGAGAGUCGUAAUAAAUUAUUGAGAGCAGUUUCAACAUCAAAAUUAAUAUCAAAAGUUAUAAAAAAUACAGACAAGCAUAAAGAUGUCAUCAUCAACCAAGAAGGAGAAUAUGUUAAAAUGUUCAUGCGAGGUCGGCCAAUUACAAUGUUCAUUCCUUCUGAUGUUGAAAACUAUGAUGACAUCAGAACAGAACUGCCUCCUGAGAAGCUGAAACUGGAGUGGGUAUACGGUUAUCGAGGAAAGGACUGUCGCGCUAAUGUUUACCUUCUUCCUACCGGAGAAAUAGUGUAUUUCAUAGCAUCAGUAGUAGUACUAUUUAAUUAUGAGGAGAGAACUCAGCGACACUACCUGGGUCACACAGACUGUGUGAAAUGCCUUGCUAUACAUCCUGACAAAAUUAGGAUUGCAACUGGACAGAUAGCUGGAGUGGAUAAAGAUGGAAGGCCUCUGCAACCCCAUGUCAGAGUGUGGGAUUCAGUUAGUUUAUCCACACUGCAAAUUAUUGGACUUGGGACCUUUGAGCGUGGAGUAGGAUGCCUGGAUUUUUCAAAAGCAGAUUCAGGUGUUCAUUUAUGUGUUAUUGAUGACUCCAAUGAGCAUAUGCUUACUGUGUGGGAUUGGCAGAAAAAAUCAAAAGGAGCAGAAAUAAAGACAACAAAUGAAGUUGUUUUGGCUGUGGAGUUCCAUCCAACAGAUGCAAAUACCAUAAUAACAUGUGGUAAAUCUCAUAUCUUUUUCUGGACCUGGAGUGGCAAUUCACUAACAAGAAAACAGGGAAUUUUUGGGAAAUAUGAAAAACCAAAAUUUGUGCAGUGUUUAGCAUUCUUGGGGAAUGGAGAUGUUCUUACUGGCGACUCAGGUGGAGUCAUACUUAUAUGGAGCAAAACUACUGUAGAACCCACCCCUGGGAAAGGGCCUAAAGGUGUUUAUCAGAUCAGCAAACAAAUCAAAGCUCAUGAUGGCAGUGUGUUCACACUUUGUCAGAUGAGAAAUGGAAUGUUAUUAACUGGAGGAGGGAAAGACAGAAAAAUAAUUCUGUGGGAUCAUGAUCUGAAUCCUGAAAGAGAAAUAGAGGUUCCUGAUCAUUAUGGAACAAUCAGAGCUGUAGCGGAAGGAAAGGCAGAUCAAUUUUUAGUAGGCACAUCACGAAAUUUCAUUUUACGGGGAACAUUUAAUGAUGGCUUCCAAAUAGAAGUGCAGGGUCAUACAGAUGAGCUUUGGGGUCUUGCCACACAUCCCUUCAAAGAUUUGCUCUUGACGUGUGCUCAGGACAGACAGGUGUGCAUGUGGAACUCAGUGGAACACAGGCUAGAAUGGACCAGGCUCGUAGAUGAACCAGGACACUGUGCAGAUUUUCAUCCAAGUGGCACAGUGGUGGCCAUAGGAACGCACUCAGGCAGGUGGUUUGUUCUAGAUGCAGAAACCAGAGAUCUAGUUUCUAUCCACACAGAUGGGAAUGAACAACUCUCAGUGAUGCGCUACUCAGUAGAUGGCACCCUCCUGGCGGUAGGAUCUCAUGACAACUUUAUUUACCUCUAUGUAGUCUCAGAAAAUGGAAGAAAAUAUAGCAGACAUGGAAAGUGCACUGGACAUUCCAGCUAUAUCACACACCUUGACUGGUCCCCAGACAACAAGUAUAUAAUGUCUAACUCAGGAGACUAUGAGAUAUUGUACUGGGACAUUCCAAAUGGCUGCAAACUAAUCAGGAAUCGAUCAGAUUGUAAGGACACCGAUUGGACAACAUAUACCUGCGUACUAGGCUUUCAAGUCUUUGGUGUCUGGCCAGAAGGAUCCGACGGGACCGAUAUCAAUGCACUGGUGCGAUCCCACAACAGGAAGGUGAUCGCUGUUGCUGAUGACUUCUGCAAAGUUCAUCUGUUUCAGUAUCCCUGCUCCAAAGCAAAGGCUCCCAGUCACAAGUACAGUGCCCACAGCAGCCAUGUCACCAAUGUCAGUUUUACUCAUAAUGACAGUCACCUGAUUUCAACUGGUGGAAAAGACAUGAGCAUCAUUCAGUGGAAACUUGUAGAAAAGUUAUCUUUGCCUCAAAAUGAGAUUGUAGCUGAUGGUACUCUAACCAAAGCCCCCAUCUCUUCCAUCGAAAGUGUCAUGCAGUCUGACACUCCCACACCACCUCCUUCCCAGCCCUUAAAUGAGACAGCUGAAGAAAGUAGAAUAAGCAGUUCUCCCACACUUCUGGAGAACAGCCUGGAACAGACUAUGGAGCCCAGUGAGGACCACAUCGAGGAGCAGAAUGAAGGGGUCAGUGAAGAGCUCAGUGAGCCUAUGUAUGAGGAGCCAUCCACUCGGAGUGAAGCCAUUCUUACCGAGGACCAGCAAGACCCCUCACUCCUGUCUUAACAGCAGGACUUCAGUGCAACUCUCUCCUCCUUCAGCUUCAUGUGAUCUCGUGACAGAGUUCAGGUAACAGGCUGGG